AUGGCCUUGGGCUGCGUCGCUGAAACCAUGGGAUAUGCUGGCCGACUCAUGCUGAAUAAGAACCCAUGGGACUCCAAUGGCUUUCAAAUCCAGAUUUGCACACUCAUCAUCGCGCCAUCAUUUCUAAGUGCCUCCAUAUACCUUACCCUAAAGCAUAUGUCUCUUGCUUUGGGAGUUCACCUCUCGCUGUUGAAGCCAAUGCUGUAUACCUGGAUAUUUAUCGGCUUUGACCUUCUUUCGCUCUUCCUCCAGGGAGCCGGUGGUGGCCUCGCAGCAACUGGAGAUACACCAGAAACCCAAGCUCUCGGAGCAAACACCAUGAUUGCCGGUAUCGUGUGGCAGGUGGUCACCUUGAUUAUAUUCUCCGCUCUGGCUGGUCACUUCUUCUGGAGUGUCCUUGAGGAUGGUGGCCGCCGCAUGACCAUUGAGGCUCAGAAGGUGUGGGCAGACACAAAGUUUAGGACGUUCCUCAUUAGUUUGGUUAUUGCAUUCGUCGCGAUCUUUGCACGAUGUAUCUACCGAAUCGCUGAAAUGGCAGGAGGCUGGCGCAAUGAGAUUAUGCAAGAUCAAAUCUCAUUUAUCAUCUUUGAAGGAGUCAUGUGCUUGGUCGCCGCUAUCCUCCUUACUGCCUUCCACCCUGGCUCCCAUUUUCCGCAAAUGCGAUCCGACUAUCAAGCUCAUGGUGAACAAUCAUCGAAGGUUGAGCCUCCAGCACAAGAUGCGUAG